AGCAAUUCAGAUAAGACACCCCCAAAAGAAAAAAAGAAAAGAAAGAGCUCUCUCAGUCUGAUAAUAAUUUUCAGUCAUCAUAUAUGGCUUCAAUUGUUCUCCCUCAGGGACUGUAUAUGAUAAAUACUACAACAAAUGUAGCAAAAUUGCAAUCUCAAAAACUUAGGGCUUCUUGUUCUUCUGCAUUUGUAUCAUCAUUCAACAGCAACAGAAGUCCAUUAGUUUCAAGACGGUGUCGUUUUGAUUCAUCUGGAUUUCGUAAUCGUGAAUGUUUUGUGGUCAGAGCUGAAGCUGAUGAUGAUACUGCAGCAGAAGGAGAAGCUGCUGCUGCAGAUAAUGUUGAAGCUGUGAGUGAAGAAGCGGAACAAACUGUGGUGGCUGUUGUUGAAGAUAAGCCGCCUAAAAAGCCAAUUGUUAAACUUGGUGAUAUUAUGGGGAUACUGAACAAGCAAGCAAUUGAAGCUUCAGAUACUUCAAGGCCAAUACCAGACCUUAGAACGGGAGAUAUUGUUGAAAUCAAAUUGGAAGUGCCAGAGAACAGACGUAGGCUGUCUAUUUACAAGGGUAUUGUAAUCUCAAAGCAAAAUGCUGGUAUUCACACUACAAUUCGUAUUAGAAGGAUCAUUGCUGGAGUUGGUGUUGAAAUUGUGUUCCCUAUAUACUCUCCAAACAUCAAGGAGAUAAAAGUGGUGAAGCACCGGAAAGUCAGAAGAGCCAGGUUGUACUACUUGCGAGACAAGCUCCCCAGGCUCUCUACUUUUAAAUGAGAAGCGUCAUGGCUUCACUCUUGAUUUUCUUCAGUCAUUGACAAAUUUUGGUUCUGGAGAAAGAUAUGUUCUAUAUGAUGAAUAUCUUAUGAUCCUUGUCUAAAAUUUUCUAUAUUACAUGUAAUUUGUGUAAACCUUUCAAGUGUUUAUUCUGGGUUCAACUGAUUAGGCAAUAUCAUCAGUAUAUGGUUAUGCA